UGUUAGCAGUUGGCGGGUGAAGACACUGGAAAGGCUUCAACCGAAAAAUGUGCACCCGUUGCGUCUUGAAGUGCCAUCAGCUGUAACACAAGCUCCAGAUCGCAAAACCACACCCAGGCCCUCCCGCCGCUCCCAAGAACUGAAAGCCAUGGAGCUUUCCGACAGCGACCGCCCGGUCAGCUUUGGCUCCACGUCGUCCUCAGCCUCCUCCCGGGACAGCCAUGGUUCCUUUGGCAGCAGAAUGACCUUAGUUUCAAACAGCCACUUGGGCUUGUUUCCCCAGGAUAAGGAAGCAGGGGCCAUAAAGCUGGAGCUGAUGCCAGCCAGGCCGUUUUCCAGCAGUGAGCUGCCGAGGGACGGUGCAGCCGGGCAACAGAACACGGACCAGGGCAGUGAGAAGCAGCCCUGGGCUCAGCACAGCGUGGAAACCAACGCGGCGACCAAAACGGGGGCAGAGUCAGCCACCAGCCCCAAGCUGCUCUACGUGGACAGAGUUGUGCAGGAGAUUCUGGAGACCGAAAGGACUUACGUGCAAGAUUUAAAAAGCAUCGUAGAGGAUUACCUUGACUGCAUCAGGGACCAAGCAAAACUUCCUCUGGGGGCGGAAGAAAGAUCAGCCCUUUUUGGAAACAUACAGGAUAUCUACCACUUUAACAGUGAACUUCUGCAAGACUUGGAAAACUGUGAAAAUGAUCCUGUGGCCAUAGCAGAAUGCUUUGUGUCCAAGAGUGAAGAGUUCCACAUUUACACCCAGUAUUGCACUAACUAUCCGAGAUCCGUGGCUGUGCUAACAGAGUGCAUGAGGAACAAGAUGCUGGCCAAAUUCUUCAGGGAACGUCAGGAAACUUUGAAACACUCACUGCCUCUGGGGUCCUAUCUCUUGAAACCAGUUCAGCGGAUUCUCAAGUAUCAUCUCCUUUUGCAUGAAAUAGAAAAUCACCUUGACAAGGACACAGAAGGCUACGAUGUGGUGCUUGAUGCUAUAGACACAAUGCAGCGAGUAGCCUGGCACAUCAACGACAUGAAGCGGAAGCAUGAACACGCCGUCCGGUUACAGGAGAUACAGAGUUUACUCACCAACUGGAAGGGGCCAGACCUGACCAGCUACGGGGAGCUAGUUCUCGAGGGGACCUUCCGCCUCCAGCGGGCCAAGAACGAGCGGACGCUCUUCCUCUUUGACAAGCUGCUUCUCAUCACGAAGAAGAGAGACGACACGUUUACGUACAAAGCUCACAUCCUGGUAGGUCCGAAUAGAGGUCCCGGGCGAGGACUGGGGCGCUGGUUCCAUCCUCUUGCGAGCCUGCCUCCCCGUCUCUGCCCACCCCUCCAGUGCGGAAACCUCAUGCUAGUGGAAGUGAUCCCGAAGGAGCCCCUCAGCUUCAGCGUCUUCCACUACCAGAACCCCAAGCUGCAGCACACCGUUCAGGCGAAGUCGCAGCAAGACAAACGCCUGUGGGUUCUGCACCUGAAGAGGCUGAUUCUGGAGAAUCAUGCGGCGAAGAUUCCAGCUAAGGCCAAGCAAGCAAUACUUGAAAUGGAUGCCAUUCAUUACCCAGGCUUCUGUUACAGUCCUGCGGGAGAGACAAAAGCCUUCUGUGGCUCUAAAGAUGGUUCUGCUGCAUAUCGGCUAAGAAGAAAAUCUGAACCUUCCUCAAGAUCUCACAAAGUUUUGAAGACCAGCGAAACAGCACAAGACAUCCAAAAGGUUUCCAGAAAGGAAGGGUCUCCCCAGCUGACUUCAGCAGGGCCAUCUCCCGCCCAGAUGAACAGUCAGCCGAGCAGUUCUGCCGUUAUCAGGGUGCUUCGCGGGGGCGGGGCCGUCAGAAACAUCUGGACGGACCACCAGAUCCGGCCAGCCUUGUUUCCCAGUCGACGGUCUCCGCAGGAGAACGAGGAGGACGAAGAUGAUUAUCAGAUGUUCCUGCCAUCCUUCUCCUCUUCAGAUCUGAACUCUGCCCGACUGUGUGAAGACAGCACUUCCAGUCGACCUUGCAGUUGGCACAUGGGACAGGUCGAGUCCUCAGAGACCCCCAGCUCUGGUCACAGGGUUGUGCGGCGGGCCAGCAGUGCUGGCGAGAGCAACACGUGUCCCCCUGACAUAAGACAUAGGGACAGUGACAGCUCUCAGUACAGCUCCCGAAGGGAACUGCAGAAUGACCCUAAAACAGAGGGGCGGGACGGGAUGACUCCCUUCGGGUCCUCUAUAGAGUUGACCAUUGAUGACAUAGACCAUGUCUAUGAUAACAUAAGCUAUGAGGACUUGAAAUUGAUGGUGGCUAAACGGGAAGAAGCUGAAGCCCCUCCCCCCAAAUCAGCCAGGGACUCUGCUCGCCCCAAGAGCACCCCGGAGCUGGCCUUCUCAAAGAGGCCAGCAGGCCCAGAGAAGAGCCCUCUGCACCCCCAGAGAGAUGGUGCCCCCCCAGGCCGGGAGGCGUGGAACCAAAGCUCACGCGAACUCCAGGUGGUGGAGGAGAACGUCUAUGACACCAUCGGGCUCCCAGAUGCGCCCUCCCAGGACUUCAAGUGCAGCAGCCUGAAGCGUCCCAAGAGGAGCACCUUCCUGGGCCUGGAGGCCGACCUGGGGUGCUGUGACAGUCUGAGGGCCUCUGUUUCCCAGGACAGCCUCCAGUUCAGCGAGGACGAGGCGCCCUACCCGCCGGUACCCUCCGAUAACGAUUACCUGAGUUUGCUCUAUAACUCCUUCGGCUGCAACUUGUCCACAGCUGAUCGGUCCAUCUCCGAUAAACUGUCUGAAGAAGUAGACGAAAUCUGGAAUGACCUGGAAAAUUACAUCAAGAAAAACGAAGUCAAAGCCAGAGACCGCCUCCUGGCGGCGUUUCCCGUUAGCAAAGACGACGUGCAGGAACGGCCGCUGGCGGGCAGCGCCCCGGAGGUGGGCGCGCGCUCCCCGCGUUCCCUGCCCGCGGGCCGGGCUCUCCUCGUGCCGCCCAGAGACAGGCCAGGGCCGGUCUCCUGCACGCUUGACCUAACCCCGGCCUCCAAAGACGGCUCCUGCCUGAGUCUCCACCGGCUGUCGCUGGUCAGUGACCUGCCGCCCGUGGAGAGUCCCUGCGACGUGGCUGGCAGCAGCCAGUCCGCUGCAGACCUGGAGAGCCCUGACCCCGGCAUGGACAACGCAGACAAGGCGAGGAGCGCGGUUUUCCUGAUGGCCAGGCAGUACAGUCAGAAGAUCAGGAAGGCAAAUCAGCUGUUAAAGGCGAAAAGCCCGGAGCUGGAGCAGCCGCCUGGCGGCCAACUGCAGAAGCAGGUUCCCAGGGACCUGGCGGCCAUCCUAGAAGAAAAGAAGCAGGGCGGGCCCGCCAUCGGUGCCAGGAUUGCUGAAUAUUCCCAACUGUAUGACCAGAUUGUAUUCAGAGAGACCCCCUUUAAGACUCAGAAGGAUGGCUGGGCCAGCCCUCAAGACUCCUCCAACCUCAGCUCUGCAUCACCUUCCCAUACCCAACACGGUAGUGAGGAUUGGCUUUUGCAUUCAACCUAUAGUAAUGGAGAGUUAGCAGAUUUCUGUCCCCGGCCAGAGCAAGACUUGAAGUCAAAAUAUGCCACUUUAGAGAUCAAUACAAAAAGUACCCCAAGACGGCUAUCCACAGCUUGCUCUGUGCCUUCUCUCCAAACCUCUGAGCCUCUGCUGGGCUCCACGCAGAGACACAGUGUGGUGGUCAGCCAGCCCAACAAAGAGGACUCCUGUCAGGGCCAUCUUUACAACUCUCUGGGACGGAAAGGAAUCAGUGCUAAAUCUCAGCCUUAUAACAGGUCCCAGUCAUCUUCCUCCAUCCUGAUAAACAAGUCCGUGGACUCCAUCAGCUACCCUAGUGAAACGGGAAAGAAACAGCCGCUGUCUUUACACAGAAGUUCAAGGUGGGAGAGUCACCAGGAUUUGGUGCCAGGUAUUGCUGACUCAGGUCAACAGGGCACUGAAAAACACUCAGAUCUCACACUCCAGGACUCGCAGAAAGUUCUGGUAGUAAAUAGAAAUUUACCUUUAAGUGCCCAAAUAGCUACCCAGAACUAUUUUUCCAAUUUCAAAGAGACUGAAGGAGAUGAAGAUGACUAUGUGGAGAUCAAGUCAGAAGAAGAUGAGCCAAUAAGCAGCAAACUUGGACCAUAUCUGACGUCAUACAAUGAUUCUGACAAACUGAAUGACUAUCUCUGGAAGGGGCCAUCUCCCAAUCAGCAAAAUAUUGUCCAAUCUCUAAGGGAGAAGUUCCAGUGUCUUAGUUCAAGCAGCUUUGCCUAAGGUUCUUAAGAGUAGCUGCCUGAUUUAACUUCUUACUGUGCUCAUGAAUUAGAGAUACUGAGAGAUGUUUUGUAUGUACCAGAUGAGAACAGUUUUGUAAUAACCAGAGAUGUAAAGUAUACUUUCUUUAACAGCACAACUUUUUGAAACAGCUGGCGAUCCAGCCAGGAUUGUACUGUAGCAAAUGUUAGCAUCUAACACUGUGUUUUCUGAUGCUGAUGGUCUUCAUGUUUCAUGUAAGUCAAUCUUACUUGAAAAUUUUAGCCUUUUUUUUUUUUUUUUUAAACAUGAUGGCCAUGGUAUUUUUUCCCAUAUCCUGAGAAUUAGUGCCCAGACUUUAAGAAAUGCAAUAAUCAUUUCCUAUUAUCCAGAAGCCACAGGUAUACUAGGACUCAAAGGCAGCAAGGAGGACUUUUCGCAUUUUUUAAAAAGAAAGGAAACUAAAGCUGUUUAAAGGAUUAUGCUUACCUCUGACAUUUUUAUUAAAUUUGUGCCAAGACCCUAGAAUAACUUAAACGAGGAAUCUCUAAUUGGAGUAUUGUCUAGGUGCCCAUUUUAGGGUUUCUAUGCUGGCAUUCCUGCGUCUAGUUCAUUAUAAGGCAGAAAAUAUGUAACUACUGGAAAUUAGAAUGUAUCAUGACCAAUUUUCUGUAAGCAAAAAUCCUUCCCUGUCUUCCUGAACAAGGCCUGGAGAAUGUGCUGCUCAUCAUUUAUUUUACAUUUCAUGGGGUUAAAUGAAUGAUUCCCUUAAUGGUUUAAAGCCAAGUGCAAGACAAUGCAAAUUGACUUACUAGAAAAGAGGGGUUGACAUCUGGGUGCAACUUGAUGAUCUCAUUAUAUGACAGUUGGGGAUGGGGAGAAGAUAGAACCCUUCACUACUUUUUGUGCCUGUUACUAAUCAACAUGAAGUAAACCAUAAACUAAAGUAAAACAAAGCGCUUUAAAGCUACUCUUCCCAGAGCAGUUUUUCAGAUGCCCUUUCAUGAAUUUUAUACUCAGCCAAAUGACCUGGUCCCAGCCUUGAGAAUUUUAUUGACUGCAGUGAAAUUUAUUUUCUAAUCCAGACAUAAUAUGGGGGUCUUUUUUCAUCGUUUGGGGGCAUAUAGAAGAGCAGAAUCUUUGGUUACUAAAUUCUGACUAAUCACAUCUUUUAAGUUGUAAUUAUGGUCUUUAAAUAGUGGUUCAUUGUGAUAUUAUGUACUAAUACAACUCUUUAUGGAAGGAAACAAAAAAGCAAGACCUUGUGAGUAAAACGCAAAAUUAAAGAAGCUAAAGAGAAGAAUGAAGGCAGAUUCAUUGCCACUUUAUAAAAAUAUUUUAUUGAAGACUCCAAUCAAUGUAACAAGUAUGUUUUCUCAAACAGUGGCUUUCACAUUCUCACUUUAAGCCAUUUUACAUUCUGUGGCCGCUUCCCCACCCUCUCAGGUUUCAUCUUAAAAGAUAUAAUCUGUGUAGGGAAAGGGGAUCUGGGCUUUUCAUUUAAAGAUAAGCAAUGAUAUUGAUUUGAAUCAGUGACAUCUACCAUAAUUCUUUUUCUCUCUUUAAGUGCUACGCCUCUUUUUCUUAAAAACAUAAAAUGUGACCAUCCUUAUUUUAUACGCAGGUACCUAAGGCAUUUGUUUUCCUUUUUAAGUAACAAAAUAUAACCUAAGUUUCUUCUUUCUCCAUACUGUACUUUCUUCUUGUAGCUUAGAAAACAAAGUCCAUAUCGACGAGCAUUGUUUUGGAACCAUUCCUUUCAUUGCCCUUCUUUAAACAUGAUAUGAGUUUUCAAGAAUAAGCAGUAUCAGAAAAGAGAAGCACUGUAACUGAGUACAGAUUCUCAGACUUGCUAGAGGUAUGUGUAAGGGCAUUUACAAAACAAAGUUACCUGACUUUUCUUGUCCUGGGAAUGCAGUUUUCCCACUUCUCUGCUUUUUGGUUUGUAAGACCCAAGUUCUGUAUUAUCCAUAUUACUGUGGUGUCUUACUCUCAGAAAUUAUUAAUUCUCCACACCAAUGUCCUGUUGCACGACUUUGAUGUCACUUAUAGGAACACACCCUGCUGCACGGAGGCUGCUGUCAUACUGUAUAAAAUGUCUGUAUGGUUGUCUUUAGGUUCUAGGACAAAUCUGCAGUUCUAUACAUCCGUUCCGUCAGCCAGGAUACAGAUUUUGAGAUGUGUGUAUAUAUAUAUAAUCAAGUUCAUAUUUUCCCUCAGUUAUUCAAUGAGUGCUUUUGUUUAAAAUAGUUUCUUCGGGAGGUGGGGUAGGGAUGUAUAUAAUUGGGGGAAAAGAGUUAUAUGUACUUAAAUGGAUGUCAAGUUCUUACUAGGUCUCUGUACUAAAGGUUCAAUUUUUUUUUUAUAAGUUCACUUUUCACCUACUCUAUUCUUUGUGCAAAAAAAAAAAAAAAAAACCCCAGAAAAACAAACAUGAAAAACCAUGCAUCUAGGAAAACAUAGUUUAAAUACUGUAUAUAUGAUAAUGAAAG